CCUAAGGUAUUCAUUUGUUUGCCAUCUGUCUAUUGAUGGUCUACUUUGAUUACCACUUGGCAAUGUUGAUUGACAGAAGCAGUAGUUUCACUCUGCAUGGUCUCCAACUGUCGCCUUUUUACCACUCAUUUGUUAUGUUUUCUCAAAUGUCUCAGAGUAGUCAUUUAAGCUUCAGAAUUUUGGAGUGAGUCUUCUUCUAAAUCUAAUUCUCUAGCAACACUCAUUUCAGUUGCAAAGCUUUAAGGUAAUGCUUCUCCUCUACUUCUUUUACAUUUUUGUGUAUUAGUUGAUGAUUCUUUCUAUUUAGAGUAAGAAAAGUUCUUUGUAGUCAGUUGUAUUAGAUAGAGGCAGAAUUUGUCUUAAAAAGAAAUGAGGAAUAUACAUAAUUGACUUAUAAUGGAUCAAACUUUUCAGUAUGGUUUUUUGUUAUUAAUUAUCUAUGUAUGUGAGAUUUAAUUUGCAUUGUUUGUUUCAGGUCUGCUUAAACUCUUUCUGCAAAUCAACAAUAUUUUUUGCUCAAAAUGUCCAGAAAUUACUUGCUUUCUGAUUCUCCAGAUGGUAAGAGGGAAUGAAUGUUGAUAUCUUAUUAGAAAAAUAACUUUUAUGGAUAUGUUGUUUCAAUUUUCAAUCCAUGGUUAUUUUUCUUUGCUUUUAGAUCCAAUUGUCACAUCAUCGGUAAUUAGAGAUCUUGAAGGGGAAUUUAUAACGGGCCAUAUUAUACUUCGACUCAUUCAUAUUUGGUAUUCUGAUGAAUAUAUUGGAACUGAAGCAAAUCAGUUUAUGUAUACACUAUGGAUUGACAAAGAGGUUUGUAUAUGCAUUUCUAUUGUCAUAAUUGUUGUAUUUAUAAUUGAAGAUUGUCCAUAUAAAAGUUAUAUAUUAUCUAAUUGGAUAUUGAUUAUUUCCUUUGCUUUACAGGAAAAUAUGGUGGAAGGAGUAACAAAUGAAGAAGAUAUUCGUUAUAUGCAGAAUUAUUUGAGUGUGGGAAGCCUAUAUAAUAUUGAAAACGUGCGCCUAACAAAGGCAAUGAGAAUUCAUCGUACAGCACCAGGAGAUAUUCGUAUAUACCUUUGUCGUGGAUUAAAGUUCAAUGCAGUACAUGAAAAUCGAUUUGGGGCACACUUUUCUGUUGACAGUUUUAAAAACAAUGAAUUUGUGGAUCUCUGGAGUAUGGUUGUGAAUCCGACGCAUCUUGCAGACCUUACAGGUCGUAUUCUCUCCAUAGCACAACCAGUGCAUAAUGAUGAUGGCACAAUGCUUGUGAUUGUAAAAAUAGAAAAUACUAGGAAUGCAACUGUUGCUAUCAAUUGGAUAACUACUGUGAGUGAUUUCUAUUCGUGGGUUGAAAUUCAAGAAAUGAUAUAUCCAGUGGUUGUUACAUUCACAAGUAUCUUGGUUUAUGAGCCUGAACCCAAUUUUAAUCUGCUCCUCACGAGCACAAAUGCAACACGCUUGAUACGUGGUUCGUAUACGCAUCGAUAUAGGGAACUGUUGAACAGUUCCAUGUAGGCAAGAUAUUGGUGUUUGGUACAAAUUGAGGAUUUUAUUGCAGAUCAUGGAAUAGUGAGACAAAAAAAUACCGUUUAUUGGUAUGUUAGAAUAAAAUGUACCUUUUGUUAAUUUUUUUGUCAUCUGUAAGUAGUGAUGUACCUUUUUUAUUGAAUGCAGGUAUGAUGCAUUAGUGUGUUGCAAAGAUUUCAUAGAUAGUGAAAGUAUUGAGUUUGGCUAUUCAGUAAUGGUUCAAUUGUUGCAAAUGUCAGCUCAAGAUUUCAGUAUUCUUCAACAUUUUGAGCAAGAGGGAUUGAUUGAGCGAAUACGAGGAAAAUAUUUUACUGUAGAACUAUCUAUCUCAGAAUGUUCCUAAGGAAAUAGACAUAUGACUGUGACUGUUCUAUGGAGUCCAUUAUGUUCACGCAUUGUUUAGGACUUAGACUGACAGUUUUAGUAGUGUUUAUUAGCAACGUAUAUGUAAUCUUAUUUUCUUUGUUUUCAGUUUUUGUAAUUGAUCGUCUUUAAGACAAAAGGAUAUCUACGAAUUCCAGUCGUAUAUCUUGCUUAGACUAAAAUUGUACUAUGUUCAAAGUAAAACAAUAAUGAUGGAAAUUGAAU